ACAACCCUACUUCAAAGCCCCCAAAGCCAGCAAUCAGCAAUACAGAGCAAUAUAGGAGCGACAGCUGCGGAGACCGCACACAUACACAAACUAGCAGCGAAAGACACAAUUACAUACACGGCCAUCAAUAUACACUUUUGUAUAGUUUAGUUGUUGUUGUUGGUGGCGAAAAAAAGUGAAAAUCAAAGAAAACUGCGUUUCUUAGCCAAUUACCUUAUUGCCACAAUCAUGAAGUUCCAGUACAAGGAAGAGCACGCUUUCGAGAAGCGACGCGCUGAGGGGGACAAGAUCCGUCGCAAAUAUCCAGACCGUGUGCCUGUGAUUGUUGAGAAGGCACCCAAGGCGCGUAUUGGAGAUCUGGACAAGAAGAAGUACCUGGUGCCCUCUGACCUCACCGUCGGCCAGUUCUACUUUCUGAUUCGCAAGCGCAUCCACCUGCGUCCCGAGGAUGCACUCUUCUUCUUUGUGAACAACGUCAUUCCACCAACAUCGGCUACCAUGGGAUCCCUCUAUCAGGAACAUCAUGAGGAGGAUUACUUCCUGUACAUUGCCUAUUCGGAUGAGAAUGUCUAUGGAAUGGCCGCGAUUAACUAACUUGGCUAAGAAACCGAAACAACACACACACACACACACCCACACACCCCCUAUAUAUAAAUAUAAACUAUAUUUUAUGUUUCGCAAGCAGCUUAAAAAAAAAAAAAAAUAAGGACGCAAAAGUUAGCUAAACGAAUUGAAAAAAAAAAAUAACAAAAAAAAAAAUAUAUAUGAUCUGAACUUAGGAAACAAAACAAAAAAAAAAAGAAGAAAAAACCAAAACAGAAAAACGACAAAAAACAAUUGUUAUGUGAAGAAUUAUUUUAUAUAUAUACACAUUUUUCUAAAAACGCGUUAGUAUUUCAACUAAAGUCCAUUAACUAACACCCCUAACUAUACCCCCCUCCCUCCCUCGUGCAAUAAAAUAUUUCGCACUUUUGUACUUUACUUUGCUUUAAAUUUUGUUUUUUUUUUAACGUUUUUUUUUUUAAAUGCGCUCCUUUUCUCCUACAACCCCCUCUAUAUAUGAGUUUUUUUUUUUUUUAAAACAAUACAAGAAAAUUUUGUGCAUAUUUAGUGUGUAUGGUUACGAAUAGGACUCUCUCGGUUAAGUGUAUGGUAAUUAAUCUAUUAUUAAAUAAAUAAAAACAACAAAAGUAUACAAA